AUGUAUUAUCCAUACAGCAGACCCCAAUAUUAUCCUCGUUCACCAUAUCCCCCUUAAACCUAGCCAUACAGACCUUAAUACUACCCACCUUAUGUGCCACAAAGCUAUCCACAACAACCCCUCUAUUCCUCCUACAAUGGAUUUCAAAUUCCUAGAGCUAAUAUUCCUCCACCUGCUCACCCUAUGGCAAGCUAAGCGAUUCAAUCACCCAACAAGAAUUUUCAGAGUCCCGUCAGAGGAUUUGCAUCACCUGCUAGAAAUCAUCCCAUGCAAUCUUAAUAAUAACAGCCAUAAAAUAAACCACCACAACAAUAGUAAUUGUAAUCACCCACAAGACCUGGGUAUUUGACAUAUGAAUAAGUCAUGGAGAGAAUUCAAAAGGCCAAUGUUCAAUAAUCAUAUUAGCCAUAGCAAAAAUCUACCUCUUUGCCUUAACCACAACAGAAACCACAACCUGGCUAAAUCCAAAACCACCAAUAAUAGCAACCGAAAUAACAGUAAAUCCCUUAGUAAUAGCCAAAUCAACUACAAGUCUAACCAAACAUCACACCAAACAAACAAGUCCCAAAAUAGAUUGAAAGUUAAAUGAAACAACCAACCCCCCCAAAGGACCAAGAGUAAUAUGAAGAGGGAGAGGGAGAUGGAGAACUUGAAGAGUUGGCCUUACAAUAUGAGGAUGGCUACAUUUAUAGAGGAUAAGGAUUCCCUCCUUAAACUAGAAGUGGAUUUGGAAUCCUAACAGACAGUGAUGGACAGGAAGUGUAUGCUGGUUAUUGGAAAGAAAAUUUCUAUGAGGGAGAAGGAAAAUUAAAAAACUUGUAGGUCGAAAAUAUAUCUGGAUCUUAUGAUUACAGUAAUAUGACAAAUAUUGGAAAUGGAUGGGAGUUUUAUGAAGGUAAGUUUGAAGGAGGCAAAAUGCACGGAUCAGGCACAUUGGUUUUGUCAAAUUAGGAAAAAUAUGUGGGUCAAUUUGAUGAUGGCAUGAUACAUGGAGAAGGUGAAUUUAUAACUAAUAAUGAUACUGUGGUCAAGGCAAUAUGGAAUUAAGGAAUUUUAGAAUAAUAUAUUGAAUGA